UCCAGCAUGGCUGACCUGGUGGAACUGGACACCCUGGUGGUCAACACUGCCUACCUGAGGGCUCAGCAGAUAGAUCUCAAUGAGCUGAGAAAGCAGAGGCUCAGCCUGACGCUGCCCAAACCAAAGAAGACCUCUGCUCUCCGGGAGGCUGUAGGGAAGAGCUACGAGUCACUGUGUGAACAACAGCCUAUUGGAAGGAAGUUAUUCCAGCAGUUUCUCCUGUCCUCCAACAAGUAUGUGGCCACUGCUGAGUUCCUGGAGGCACUGAGUGACUGGAGGUUUGCUGAGGAUGAAACCAGAGAAAAGGCCAAACAGAGCAUCCUCGCUAAGUUCUGUCGACCUGAGUCCAGAAGUUUUCUCUCCUACCUUACAGGAGAGGAUGCUUGGCGAUGCAAGGAAUUAUCAGACAAGAACUUUGAUGAGAUGGUGAUGGACCAGAUAAGAGAAGCCACACGGGACUUCCUGAAGGGAAAACCUUUCGCUGAGUACCUGAAAAGUCCCUUCUUUUAUAGGUUCUUGCAGUGGAAGGAGUAUGAGGCGCAGAACAUCAGUGACAAAUACUUUUAUGAGUUUAGGACUUUGGGAAAAGGUGGCUUUGGUGAGGUGUGUGCGGUGCAGGUGAAACACACAGGUCAAAUGUACGCCUGCAAGAAGCUGGACAAGCGGCGUCUGAAGAAGAAAGGUGGGGAGAGGCUGGCCCUUCUGGAGAAGAAGAUCCUGGAAAAGGUCAACAGCCCCUUCAUCGUAAACCUGGCUUACGCUUACGCCAACAAGACCCACCUGUGCCUGGUCAUGGACCUCAUGAAUGGAGGAGACCUCAAGUUUCAUAUCUAUGAGCUUGGGGAGCGGGGUAUCCGUAUGGAGCGUGUUGUUUACUACACGGCCCAGAUAACCGCUGGGAUCCUCCACUUGCACUCUAUGGACAUUGUGUACCGAGAUAUGAAGCCUGAGAACGUGCUGCUGGACGGUAAAGGACAGUGUCGGCUGUCAGACCUUGGAUUGGCCGUGGAGCUGCCAAAGGGCAAAAUGAUCUGCCAGAGGGCCGGUACGACAGGCUACAUGGCUCCUGAGAUUCUGAGACAGGAGUAUUACCACGCGUCUGUGGACUGGUGGGCUCUGGGCUGCAGCAUCUAUGAGAUGGUGGCUGCCCGUCUGCCUUUCAGAGACUUCAGAGAAAGGGUGCAGAAAGAGGAGGUGACUCGCCGGACUCUGGAGGACGAGUGCAAGUUUGAACACAAAUGCUUUGAUGCUCCCACCAAAGAUAUCAUCAGCCACUUUCUCAAGAAGAAGGUGGUGAAUCGCCUUGGGUGUCGAGGUGCUGACCCACGAAACCACGCGUUUUUCAAGAGCAUCAAUUUCCAUCGUCUGGAGGCGGGGUUAGUGGAGCCCCCCUGGGUGCCAAAGUCCAACAUGGUCUACGCCAAGGACAUGGACCAGUUCAGGGACACCUCUGAGGUCCAGGACAUUGAGUUUGAUGCCAAGGAUGAGAAAUUUUUCAAGGAGUUCAGCACAGGCGCGGUCCCCAUACAGUGGCAGAAGGAGAUGAUUGACAGCGGAGUGUUCGACGAGCUCAACAAGCUCAAACUGAACGGACAAGCCUGUGAGACUGUGUGGAAAUCCAGGAUGUGCGUCAUCCUGUGA